GUCCGCUUCGUCUGCUUCUUUCGUGUGGAAACUGAAACCAGCUCAGUCAAACAUUGUUUAUUCUUUCGUCCAUCUUCCUUCCUUUCUUAUCGAACAUCAUGGUUGGCUUCAAUUCACUUCUCUCAGGGCUUGCCCUCGUUGCCGGAGUCUUGUCUGCCCCCGGCUCCAUUCAGAAGAGGUCUACCCCCAGCAGCACGGGUACGAACAACGGAUUCUACUACUCCUGGUGGACAGAUGGCGGUUCAGACGUGACCUACACCAACGGCGCCGGCGGCCAGUACAGCGUGGAAUGGAAGACGGGAGGCAACUUUGUUGGUGGCAAGGGAUGGAACCCCGGUAGCCGUCGAGCCGUCGAGUACUCUGGUACUUACAGCCCCAAUGGCAACAGCUACCUCGCGCUCUACGGCUGGACCACAAGCCCUCUCAUCGAAUACUACGUCGUCGAGUCCUACGGAACCUACAACCCAUCGACCGGCGCCACCAAGAUCGGCGAGGUGACCAGCGACGGCGGCACGUACGACAUUUACCAGACCACCCGUACCAACGCGCCAUCCAUCGAGGGCACCGCGACCUUCCAGCAGUACUGGUCGGUCCGCCGAACCAAGCGCGUCGGAGGCACCAUCACGACCGGCAACCACUUCGACGCGUGGGCUGCUGCUGGCCUGAAGCUCGGCACCUUCAACUACAUGAUCAUGGCUACCGAGGGGUACUUCAGCAGCGGAUCUGCGAGCAUCACUGUUGGAGGAUCGUCGGGUUCUAGUGGCGGGUCGAGCAGCAGCAGCAGCAGCAUCAUCAGCAGCAGCACCACGACCAAGGCCGCCGCUACUAGCACCGGCUCCAGCUCCACCUGCGCUGCUAAAUGGGGACAAUGCGGCGGAUCGGGCUGGACUGGAGCGACCUGCUGCGUGUCUGGGUCGACUUGCACCUCGACAAACCAGUGGUACUCUCAGUGCCUGUAAGGGCACAGCAAAGGCCAAAUGAUGGAGGUUUUCUUGUACAUAUAAAACGCUGCCAGAGUUGAGCUCUGUGCUGAAGAACAUACUUGAGCUCUGUACCGAAGAACAUAUUUGAUGUCCCACCUGGGACCUGCUCU